CUCUGCCCGGGAAGUUUUUCUCUGCGCUCACGUUGUGGCGGCGGCCCGGGGCUCCUCCUGCAUCGGGGGCCGAGUCUUCUCUCCCGGCAUGUCCUCCAAGAAAAGCAAAUCGCGGCGGAGCCAGGGCGCCGGCAGCGCCUCCCCCGCCGCCUCCCCCGGCCCCUCGCCCGCGGGUACCCCCGGCCCCGGCCCCGGCUGCCUGAUUGUAGUGGAUUUGGUGGAAAAAGCAGAUGACCCUGUCCCCAAAACAUUCCAAAAUUUCUUUUCACAACUUGGCCUUAACACGAUGAAAUCUGCCAACCUCUGUAUUGGCCGGCCAGCACUGCUUACGAGUGGGGCCGGACAACAAGAGGUCUGCACAGCAUGGCCUGUGGCAGGAUUUCCUGGAAGAAAGGUUGGCCUGAGUGAAGGGGUUCAAAAAAACUUGGGAGUGAAAUCUGGAGAUGGAGUCCUGGUGGAGCCUCUUACGGGGACACUUGUACCAGCUGAGAGAGUGGACCUAGUAUUGAGUGACAGGGAUGCAGAAAUUAAUGAGGAAGAACUGGCUACUUGUCUUCUGAGAAAAUUAGAUGGUAAAAUCGUGCUGCCUGGCAAUGUUCUGCAUUUCACUUUCUAUGGAAGACCAUGCCGGUUGAAUGUGACAUCUGUAAGGGGAGCUGAUGGCCUCACCUUGGAAAGAGCUGCAAGGAGUUUGGCCGGUGAGAAGCAAGAACCAGCCUCUGAAACAUCCAACCUUGAAGCCAGUACUGGGGACUUGUCUUUGGAACUAAGCCAGCUUAGCCUGGGAUACCCCCACAAUGGAGCCUCCACCAGUACGCCGUGUAAACCUGCAGACAACAGCUUUGCCCCAAAGCCAGGAGAUACCUCCCUGGAGGCUGACCAGCACCUUGGGGAAGGUGAUGGCUUAGGAGAAGGCCUUGCUCUGGCUGAUGGCUCCAAUCCUGCGGGUGAAGGGACUGUCCUCCAAGAAGAGAGACUGCAGCCCCCAGCCCAAGCAGGAGCCUAUAGCAGUGCUGACACAUUCUACUAUCUCUCUUCCAUUACAAAAUUCAACUUUGUAAAGCCCCAGACAGCCACAGAAGAGGAUGACAGCCCACGGAAAGUCACUUAUGACCUCAUUGGGGGUUUGACCAGCCAACUGAAAGCCAUCAGAGAAAUGAUUGAGCUACCCUUGAAACAGCCAGAGUUGUUUAAGAAAUACGGUAUUGCUCCUCCCAGAGGAGUGCUACUAUAUGGCCCUCCAGGGACGGGGAAGACUAUGAUUGCCAGGGCUAUCGCUAAUGAAGUGGGAGCUUACCUUUCCGUCAUCAACGGCCCUGAAGUCAUAAGCAAAUUUUAUGGUGCUUCGGAAGCAAGACUACGGCAGAUCUUUGCUGAAGCCACUUUGAGGCAGCCAUCGAUUAUUUUUAUUGAUGAGCUGGAUGCCCUUUGCCCAAAGAGAGAAGGAUCUGAAAAUGAGGUUGAAAAGAGAGUUGUGGCUUCUCUCUUAACUUUGAUGGACGGUAUUGGAUCUGAAGGAAGUGAGGGACGGGUUUUGGUUAUUGGGGCUACAAACCGCCCUCAUACUUUGGAUUCUGCCCUCCGAAGGCCAGGCCGCUUUGACAAGGAGAUUGAAAUCGGGGUCCCUAAUGCUCAGGACCGGUUGGACAUCCUCCAGAAGCUGCUCCGAGGGGUCCCUCAUGGCCUUCAAGAGGCAGAGUUGGUUCAGCUUGCCAACAGUGCUCACGGCUAUGUGGGGGCUGACCUGAAGGCUUUGUGUAAUGAAGCAGGGCUGCACGCCUGGCGGCGGGUCCAGAAGCAGCUGCCUGACCUUCCUAAUGGUGAGGUCGGGGAAUCGGUGAAGGUGACUCUCGGUGACUUCCUCCAGGCCAUGAAUGAAGUCCAGCCAAGUGCCAUGAGGGAAGUGGCCAUUGACGUCCCCAAUGUAUCCUUGUCGGACAUCGGAGGACUGGAAGACAUCAAACUCAAAUUGAAACAAGCUGUGGAAUGGCCUUUGAAGUAUCCAGAGGCCUUUGCCCGGAUGGGGAUUCAGCCGCCCACAGGAAUCCUUCUCUAUGGGCCUCCUGGAUGCUCAAAAACAAUGAUAGCCAAGGCCCUGGCCAAUGAAAGUGGACUUAACUUCUUAGCUGUGAAGGGUCCUGAAUUAAUGGAUAAAUAUGUUGGUCAGUCAGAACGAGCAGUCAGAGAGAUCUUCAAGAAAGCUCGAGCUGUGGCACCAUCAAUUCUUUUCUUUGAUGAGCUUGAUGCCUUAGCAGUAGAAAGGGGCAGCUCUUCAGGUGCCGGAAAUGUAGCAGACCGUGUUUUGGCUCAGCUUUUAACAGAAAUGGAUGGGAUUGAACAGCUCAAAGAUGUGAUUAUUUUGGCAGCUACCAAUCGCCCAGAUAAGAUUGACAAGGCUUUGAUGCGGCCUGGGAGAUUUGAUCGGAUCAUCUAUGUCCCCUUACCUGAUGCAGCCACGAGGAGGGAAAUAUUCAGGUUGCAGUUUUCCUCCAAGCCUGUCGGUCCGGAUGUGGACCUGGAAGAACUCGUUUGUCAGACAGAUACCUACUCAGGGGCUGAGAUCACAGCAGUCUGUUCAGAAGCAGGCCUCCUUGCUCUAGAAGAAAAUAUACAAGCCAAAUAUAUCAUGAAAAGGCAUUUCGCAGAGGCCUUGAACAUCGUGACCCCAAGAAUUCCCGAAUCCAUGAGACAUUUUUAUGCAGAUUAUCAUAAGAAUGGAUUACACACGUGCUGAGAACAUCAUGGGCCCUAAUGUAGUCAAUUCAGACACUUUUUUGAAAGAAAAGUGAAUUUCUUAUGUACAGCUUGACUUGAAGUAGCCAAAAUGUUCCUUCUUGUAAAUGGAAUGUCUGAAAUCAACUUGGGUGGAAUUGAGAGACUGCUGAUGUUCCAAUAAAGAAUGAGAGAGA